UAUACAUCUAAUUUCAUGCACUUCCUUAGUCUAUGUAAUGUGCAUUUUUACGCUGAUGACACCCAAAUCUAUUGCAGCUUCCCCCCACAAUUGAUGGAUCGUUUCUCGUUGAUCAUUAAUAAUGAGCUAAACUCCUUUGUAGAAUGUGCCACACGCCACUGUCUUUUAAUAAAUCCAUCAAAGUCUCACGUAAUUGUUUUUGGACCUAGACAAAAUAAAAAUGUUAUAGAGACGCUUAUUAAAAUUGAGAUAAAUGGUGUAACUCUCAAAAUAAUGGACAAUGUAAAAAAAUUAGGUGUUGUGAUUGAUAGUAAUCUUCGAUUUGAGUAUCACAUCAACAAAAUUAUGCAGAGAGCAUAUUUGUCGUUGAAAUUUAUUUACGGUAGCCGGAAAUUUCUCUCGUUAAAACUUAAGAUCAUGCUAUGUGAUACUUUAGUAUUAUCUUUAUUCAACUACGCUGAUGUGCUUUACGGCCCACACUUAACUAACCUGUAUCGACGUAAAGUUCAACUGGUUCAAAACUCAUGCUUGCGCCUUGCAUUUGGUAUACAGAGGAGACAUAGAAUAUCUCACAAAUUGAAAGAUGCAGGUUGGUUAAAUAUGGAAAAUCGUAGGCUCCUCCACUCUGCUGUUUUUUAUCAUAAAUUAAUUUUAGUCAGAACACCACAAUAUCUUUAUCAAAAAAUAACCUACCGGACUGACGUUCAUAACAUUAACGUAAGAAGUAAGGGUCUUAUUUCGCCACCCAAUAUAUAAAGUCUACAACUCAGUCCGGAAGGAACUAAAAUUUUCUAGAAAGAUAACUUCAAAGCCAUGUUUAAAAAGGAACUGCUGAAAAAACAGUAGCACCGCAUGAAUGAAUGAAUGAUUUUUUUUUUUUGUUAGCGUGUA